GCAGCACAGGCAGCACAGGCACGCGCUCAGGGCUUCGCUGGCCCUCCCGGCCUGGCCCAGGCCCAGGCCCAGGCGCGCCGCUGCGCGGGCGCCGCGAUUGCCGACUACUCCAAGAUGCUCGAGAAGGCUCUGCAGCAGCUCAAUUCCACGCUACCUCGUGAAUCUGCCGAGAAGGCACAAGCUUUGCUGCACGGAUAUGCCAUGGACAAGCCUGAGGAAGUCUGCAAAGUCCGCGGCAAAGAUCCCGGACGCGUUCCCGAGUCCUUACUCCUCGAGGAUAGCCUAUCAAGAGUGGGCCAGUCAGCUCUGAGUUCGAGGAGUAAGGCCAGUCUUCCCUAG